AUGGCAAGUGCUAUUAAUUAUUAUCCCAACCAAAUCAGUGUUGAACAUUCACGUUUUAUGGGUAAUCAACUACCUUCAAAACCUAUGGGUCAUCAUUAUCCAACUCAUUCGCUAAAUGAUAUUCAAUAUCACCAACUCCCAACCAUGAACCAAUACAGCUAUUACCCACAGGUAUCAUCAACAAGAAAUGAUAUACCUGCUGCUGCUGCUGUCCCUCCUAAUGCUCAUCCAUUGCCAAUUAUUCCUGUGCAACCAAAUGUUCAAUCAUAUUUUGCAAACAAUAAUAAUAUGAAUGGUAAUGGAUAUCCACCAUUAAACAACUUUCAUCAUCAUAGUCAAUCUAUGUUGUUACCCGCUCAUCAUGCUCCUCCACCACCACCACCUCCAGGUUUGUUAUUUAAUAAUAAUAACAAUAAUAAUGGUUAUCAAAACAAUAUUCCAAUUAUGCAACCUCCAGCACAGAUUAAUGCUGCUAAAUCAGAAAAGGUCAAUGGAGGUGUCUCUCAAGUAUUGGAUUAUGAUAUUAAAUUAAUGUCUGAGUUUUUCGUUAAGAAUGCUUAUAUUGCUUUUGGAACCAGUGCUUCUUUGAUUAAUGAAAAUUCUGGAUCUAAUCAAACUGCUGAUAUUUUCAUUAAAGGUAUUCAUUCUGUCUUAAAUGCUACUAGAUUACCUUCAGUGUCCAUCUUCUUAGCCAUCGAUUAUUUAUUCAAGUAUAUUGAUAAAUUAUCUGCAGGUAUUGAAUCUAUUGGUGGUAAUACUGUCAAUGUCAUUUAUCAAAAUUCAAUGAUUGCCUUUAUCUUGGCAAAUAAAUUUAAUGAUGAUAAAACAUUUACCAAUAAAUCUUGGUCACAAGCUACUGGUAUGGAUAUUCAAUUAAUUAAUGAGUAUGAAAGAACAUGGUUGAAUGUAUUUGAGUGGAGUUUAUUUGAUGAUAAAUUCAUGCUCUAUGAAGAUUUGGCAUUUGCUUUUAAAAUGUAUUGCCAAGAUUACGUUAAGAGUACUACUCCACAACUUCCAUCAAUUCAACAUGCCACAAAUUCAAUGUACCAUCUUCCAUCACCAUCAUCUACAAAUAAUUACACUGUGGCUCCUUCACCUGGUUACGAAACUCCAAGAUACACUUCGAAUAAUAAUGUAUUCUCAUCUUCUCCAUGUUACUACGCCGAUGAUAAGAGUUCAUAUGUUCCUCCUAGUGUGAACAACAACAAUAAUUUUAUGAGUUCACCAAUUUCGAUUGAUAGCAAUUAUAAUUUUAAUACUCAAUUCAAUUAUGGUUGUGGUUCCAAGAAGCAACCACACCCACAGUUUUCUCAAUUUGGUACAAAUUCUACUUGGCAGUUUGACGAUUCUUUAAAUACAAUGCCAACUUCAAAUUUAUCUAAUUUUGAGAACCCUUACUACUCAUACUCAACGGUAUAUUAA